AUGUCAACUUUUCAAACAAAUCAACUCAAUGGGUUUUCGCCAAUGCUUCUGUCACCGUCGUCAACAAGUCAUCCACUAAUAUCAAAUAAUCAUUUGGUGCUAUUUGAUAACAGUGACCAAGGUUCUGUCGAUUCUGAUUAUACCUCGCUAGGUAGUUCCAAGUUUUAUGGUAAUGGCGGUUCAUCAUCAUCACUACAUCGCCAAGGACGUUCACAAUCAAUUGAUGAAUUAGCUUCGACAACAACGAUCCCCACACGACAUUUUAAUGGAACAUUAAAUGUAAAUAAAUUAAAUAAUGAUCCAUUACAAUUUGUUAAAAUUCAUCCUCAUCACGACUUAAUUGAACGUGCACAAGAACAAUUAACCUUACUUGAGUCGAGAAAACGUUUGCAGGAAACAUUCAAAUUAGGCAAUCAUAAUCUUCCAAUCGUUAUCCAUCAUAAUAUUAAUAAUCAUGCAAAUUCAACCAGAAACGAACAAUUUACUAGUGUAACUAAUCUUCUCGACGUUCUAUUCUAA